UCUUAUAUAACUGUUAACUCAUAUAUAUAUUUACUGGUGAUUUUUGAUUGAUUAGCCCCAUUACAUGCACAUUGUGUUAUGGCUUCAUCUUCAUACACCUACAUCUCACUCAUUGUAUUGGUUCUUGUUAUCUGUAAUUAUUCUUCAACAACUAGUGCUUCAAGUAAUCCAGGCAGUGAAACAGAGUUCGAGAAAUGGCUCGGUUGGAAUGUCCGAAAUCACAGAAGUAAACGGCUGGCGGCGGAUCGAUCCCUUGUUAUGUCGGUUCUUGACGAUAACCUCGUGAUUGCGGAGAAGAACAAGGUGAUGAUCAAUGUUAGUCGAGAUGGAAGUGGCGAUUUCAAAACUAUUAAUGAAGCACUUAACAGCAUCCCUUUACGGAACACCAGGAGAGUCAUUUUGGUCAUCAAACCAGGCAUUUAUAGGUACAUACAUAUGCAUACAUGUAAGAUGUUACUAGUUGUAACGAAGUUCAAAUUUUGCAGGGAAAAGAUCAUUAUCCCUAGAACAAUGCCCUUCAUUACAUUUCAAGGUGAUGCAAACAACCCACCAACCAUAACCGGGAACGACACGGCGUCGAGUUCCAGUAAAGACGGGAGGCCAUUGAAGACAUUUCAAAGUGCAACAGUUGCUGUGGAUGCAAAUUAUUUUGUGGCCAUUAACAUCAAGUUUGAGAACACGGUCCCACAUACGAUUGGAUCCAAAGGGGGUCAAGCAGUAGCAGUACGCAUAUCAGGGACCAAAGCUGCAUUUUACAACUGCAGUUUCUAUGGGGACCAAGACACACUUUACGACCACAAGGGUCUCCAUUACUUCAACAAUUGCUUUAUCCAAGGCUCCGUCGAUUUCAUUUUCGGCUACGGCAGGUCCCUUUACGAGAACUGCUAUUUGAACUCCAUAGCCAAGAAAGUAGCCUCUCUCACGGCACAAAAGAGAUCCAGUGCGUCAAUGGCCAGUGGUUUUUCAUUUAAAGAUAGCGUGGUAACAGGCAAUGGCAUUGGCCUGGUUUACCUAGGUAGAGCAUGGGGUGAUUAUUCAAGGGUUGUCUUCUCUUACACGUUCAUGGACAAAGUGGUUCGUCCCCAAGGGUGGAGCGAUUGGGGAAACCCUAAACGUGAUGCUAGGGUUUAUUACGGAGAAUACAAGUGCAGUGGACCUGAAGCCAACUUAACAGGAAGAGUGCCAUGGGCACGAAUUCUUACAGAUGAAGAAGCUGAGCCAUUUUUAGGAACUUACUAUGUUGAAGGAGACACUUGGCUCGUCAAUCCUUGGUGACAACAAGCAUAAUUUAGUACCAACCUAUGUUUUUUGUCAUGAAGGAUCAACUGAGGUUCUAAAUCUAGAUGGGUCUCUAAAUAUUUCUGCAAAACUGUUCAUUCAUUUAUAUUUAUUGUGUAUGUUAUUGUUGUAAUAAUGUUGACAUGAAAGAACUUCAAAAUGGUGAAAUCAUGGAAAAAGCUGAAUAAAGGCAGAAGAUUGGAUCGAUCUUGCGAUGACCGUAUACAAA